UCCACCCCGGCCCCAGGUGGGAGGCCGCAGGACAGCUCAGCCCGGGCAGCAUGGACAUGGGAGAAGUAGACGGAAUCCUGGAAGAAGAGAGCCUCGCGCUGUCGGCCGAGUCUUCUGCCUCUGAAGCCGAAUUUGAUGCUGUGAUUGGAUGUAUCGAGGACAUUAUCAUGGACACCGAGUUCCAGGUACUGCAGAGAAGUUUCAUGGACAGCUAUUAUCAAGAAUUUGAAGACACGGAAGAGAAUAAACUCAGCUACUUGCUAAUUUUUAAUGAGUACCUUUCUCUAGUGGAAAAGUAUAUCGAAGAAGAGCUGCUCAGGAGGGUUCCCAGAUUCAACAUGGCGGCCUUCACCACGACGCUCAGGCAGCGCAAGGACGAGGUGACUGAUGACAUAUUCGACAUGUUACUCACGUUCACGGACUUUCUGGCAUUUAAAGAGAUGUUUCUGGACUACAAAGCAGAAAAAGAAGGCCGAGGACUGGACUUAAGCACCGGUUUAGUGGUAACUCCCUUAUGCAAAUCAUCUCCUAUGCCAAAUUCCCAGCAGAGUCAGCGGCGCUAGCUCCUGCCUUCAGGCAGCACGUGCCUUCUGGGCCUCAUGGGCCCAGGAGGGCAGGAGAAACUUGUGCUUGUGAUGACAGCAGAGUACAUCUUAGAAACACUGCUCUGUGACUCUUUAUGGAUGUUAGGUAGUAAUGAAAUAGGCCGAAAAGAUAAAUUACCUGACCUUCCUAGGACUUCAGCGUUUCCUAAAACACUUUCUUCUACUCAGUAGCCCCUGGUAGACACCUUGCCAAAGUAGGUACCUUUCUUAGGUGUAUCUGAGAGUCAGACUGCUCUGGGUCAAGACUGCAUCAAGCAUUCCACCGGGAAAGCCCCUUCCGCCCAACAUGCGUGUCCCAUGUCAGCCAAGUGGAGUGAGGUCGUUACAAACUCCCUGUUCCAAAUACCACAGCUAGACUGUGCUUCUUUGUGCUCACAGCAGUGGCACUUGGGAAGAGAAUUUGCUCUGGCUGACGUGGGGGUGGAGCGAAGGAGCCAGAGUCCCAGUGGAAUUUAUUCCCUCAGUGAGCUGCAAAAGCCUCUUCUAAGACUGGAUCCUGGAGGCCUGCUCAGAGGCAGGAGACUGGAUGGCAAGACCUGGAGUAAGGAAGGCCCCCACUUAAACACCAUAAAUAUUCUUGGACAGACCUGUGACAAGAACCCAAACAAAUAGAUAAAGGAAAGCCAAGACUGUUCGGUGUCCUUUAGAUCCACGCCUGAACUCCUGGAAGACACCACCCCUAGCUGACGCCCUCCACCUUGGCCUUCUGUGAAUCCUUCAAUGAAAGCCAAACACCAGAUUGUGAGAUACGAGCAAUUUAUUGAGGAAGUACAAUAUAGUCAUCACCAGAGGAUCCAGCGCUCUGGGAGUUAUGAAGCAGAAAAAGAAAACCAGACUCAUUGAGAUGGCUACUAGCAAACCCAAGAGUUUGUUUACUGGGACCCUUCAGAACAUAACUGAAAGAGUCAGCAACUAUGGAAAAUGUGCAAAAACAGCUGCCCUGAAUUUAACUUCAAAUCCAAGUUUCACCCUCUGACCUAGCACUCCCUUCCUGCCUCAGCGCGGACAGCUCCGCACAAUGCCCGCUGAAAGACAGCAGCAUUGGGAGUUUAAUGCCCCAUUCUUAAAAAGAGCUAAAAGCACCUUUGGACCCUCACCUCAUUUUCCCUGGUGCAGACCCUAGAAGGAAAUCAGGAGCUAGAAUCCUUGUCCCAUUUCACAACUGGAGAAACAAAACCCAAAUAGCAAGAGGGAGAUAGAUGCCUGUUGUCCUAUAGCACCAAGGCAGAACUUGGACAAGAAUCCAGCACCCUUCUCUUCAGCCUGGCUGAUCCCACUGACACCUGCCUGUACUCAUCCCUUGGAGAGCCCAAACCCCCGUGACACCUCUGGGCUUUGCCUUACCUUGUCAAUGAAGGAAGCGAACUUGUUGUUGAGGGCCUUGAUCUGCUCCCGCUCCUGGGUCUUUACUUGUCCAAUCUGGGGGUCAAUCUCCAUGUUGAGGGGCUGCAGGAGGCUCUGAUUGACUGUCACUUCCUGGAUUCCUCCAGGGAAGCCACCAGGGCCAAAGCCACCAGGACCACCAGGGCCACCAAAGCCACCAGGGCCACCAGGGCCACCAAAGCCACCGGGGCCACCAAAGCCACCUCCACCAAAACCACCAGCCCCUCCAAAGCCACCAGCCCCUCCUAAACCACCAGCCCCUCCAAAGCCACCUCCCAUUCCUCUGCCACCACCAAAGCCACCUCCAAAGCCGCCACCACAGCUGCUACGUCCUCCCCCAAAGCCACCAGCCCGGGAGCCACCAGCCACGCUCAUGGAGAUGCUCUUGGAGCCACCCAGGUUGUAGAGGCUGUGACUGCCGAAGCCACCAGCUCCACCCCGGGCACCGCAGGCCCCUCCACCAGCUCCCCUGGUGCGGGCCACACAGCUCAUCCUGCUACUGCCGGAGACCACAGCAGAGCGGCCGGAGAAGCCCUGGCUCCCUCCACUGAAGGAUUUCUGGCAGGCUUGUCUAUUCAUGAUGAGAGGACUUGGAGGUGAGCUCGCAAUUGCUUAGCAAGAAUUGAGAGGGAUGGAGACAGAGGAUGAAGAUGACAGAGGAGACUGGUCUUUAUAUACUGAGGAGUUUGGCUUGGCAAAAAGGAGACAAGCAAUUAGCUGAGAGUCAUCUUGGGUUUGGUUUGCCUCCCAGGCAAUAAGUUGCUUCUAGGUUCCCAACACACCUCAAAAAUAAUCCUCUAGACCAAAAUGACUUUGCUUUCUUAGCUUAAUCACCCAGUCUUGCCUCAGUUGACAAAAGACCAGAGCUCUCCUCCCUCCACGUGAUUUCCUCAAGGGUCUUAAAGAUCUCAGACAGCACCUGACCCAGCAGGAAGAAUUGGGUUUUGACAACAGGGGAUUAGGAGCCACUGAGUUCCAUGACACGAGGUAAAGAUGGGACAACCUCUUACAGGUGGACAGUGCCCCUCCCUUGCAGUGCCGGUGAGAAACAGCCCCGCAGCGUGUUGGCCAUGCCUGCAUGUUCAGAGAGAGAUCCAGAAGGGGGCUGGGGUGGGAGAAGCAAGGAUGAGGAGUGCAAGUACCCUACAGUGCCCACUCUGGCACCAUCACAGUCGCAGGCCUCUGGCUAAACCAGCCUGUCAUUUGAGUGGAGAAAUGCUCAUGCAAAAGGGACUAAAGAGGAUAUAAAUCGUGCAGCCCGCAGGAAGAGUGAGGGUCGUGCCUGAAGCAAACCAAUGUGAGGCUUGGGAAGAGGAGGGACCGUGUGUCUGGCCCCCUGCUGUCUGGGCGAGCCAGCACUCCCUGUGUGCCACCCCGGCCCUCACUGACAGCCCGCUUAUCUACGGGUCAUUUGCCCUUUAGACCCCGAGCUCAUCAGGAUCAUUCCCAGUGAGUCCUGCUCACUCUGCAUCCCCAGCAGCUAAGACAGGACGAGCGCACCACCAACCCAAGCCGCGUUAACUGACUAAUGACUGGUGUGUAAAUAGAUAAAUAUCUAGACCCAGGUCCCACCCCAGUCUGAUGGAAUGAGAAGCUUCAGAGGAAGGACUUGAGUACUUGAGUAUCUGUAUAUUUUUAACAAGACUUUCGGGUCUUGAUCAGGGAAGAUGGGGAAGCCCUGGUCUAGACUCUGGUGAUCCAGCUGGGCCAGGGCACGGGGGACGGAGGAUCCUUGACGGUGGAGCGAGUGUCACUGCUCUGACCCCACCCCUGAACUGACCCAUCUCCUCCCCAGCCGCACCGCACACGGCAAGAGCAGGCUCCGGGUUAUCUACACAUGCGGCUUCACAAAGCAUCAUGGAGCAAGAGGAAGAGAGUCUCAGCUCCCCGAGAAAUAGGUGGUUGGUAUAUUGCCAGAAUUCCAGUGAAAUGGGCAGCAGGCCCACUGUCUUUCUGGAGUCCCUGAAGAAGCUCAGGUGGAGGAUUUGUAGUGCUCUGCAGCUAAGUCUCACGUCUCUGCCCUGCAGGUUGUCUUAAGUGGGUCUCUGGUUAUCAUCCCAGCUCCCCCGCCACUCGCCAGGACUUGAACAAGUUACUUAACUUUAUGUCUUGGUUUCCUCAACUGUAAAGUGAGGGUGAUGACAGGCCCUUGGUGGCGUUGUUGUAAACAUUUAGAGAGCUAAGUAAAUAUAAAAGGCUUAGGACAAGCGGAAUAAAUCAGAGAUACCCGGCACACAGUAAGUGCUGUAUUCUCAGCCACAGUCGGGCUCUCUGGUGACACAGGGGAAGAGAAUCACUUAGGUUUGACCUUGGCUUUUCUAGAGACAAUUUUGCGCACACACACUGCCCCUGAGAAACUCAUCAAAGGAUGGUAAGAGGAAGAAACUGAGUAUGAGCAGAGAGCAAGGAAACCAAGACGGGGUAGUAGAGAGCGAGACUUCUGCCAGGAUGGGUUUGGGUCGGGCGGCCUUGGACUGUGAUUUAAUGCACUGAGUCUGUGCCCCUUCCUGCCUCACAGGCUUGCUCGAGCCUCACAGAAUAGUCUAAGUGAACGUCCUUUGAAAACUACAAAAU